CCGGCCUUGUCACUAUGGAUAAAACAAUGUGGAUUCCCAUUCUUCUCAUCUCCUCGCUGCCCGUUUCAGGUGCACUGUGGGCUGAGAGCGAAGUAAGAGGGGUUGUGGGAAGAGCGAUCACAAUCCAUUGUCACUAUGCAGCAAUGUACCGCUCACAAACAAAAUACUGGUGCCCUGGGACAAGUCGCCAGUGUACGCAUGUAGUGGAAACAAAUGGGAAACAUGGACAGAGCGGAAGAGUGUCAAUCACAGAUAACCCGGAACGAGGAAUAUUUACUGUGACUGUGGAGGGUCUUCGCUCUGGAGAUACAGGAUGGUACAGAUGUGGAAUUACUACCCCCGGCGAACCAACAUUUAAAGUACAUCGCCAAAUAUCUGAAUUUUCAGGUGCAGUGUGGGGGGAGAAGAAUGUAAGAGGAGUUGUGGGACGAGCGAUCACAAUCGAUUGUCACUAUGAAGCAUAUUACCGCUCAUACACAAAAUACUGGUGCCGUGGGUGGAAAGACCAGUGUACAAUUAUGGUGGAUACAAAAGUGGAACACGGACGAAAUGGAAGAGUGGCAAUCACAGAUAGCCCGGCACGAGGAAUAUUGACUCUGACUAUGGAAAAUCUUCAGUCUGGACAUACAGGAUGGUACAGCUGUGGAAUGUCUGCACAAGGCGUGGAUCCAAUGUGGCCCGUUUAUCUCCAAGUAUCUGACGAACCCGUGUCUGCUCCUGUGCUCAGAUAUCUGUCACCAGCAAAUGCCUCACGUCUCGGAGGCUCAGUAUCAGUGUCGUGUGAGUCUGUCAGUGGAUCCCUUCCCAUCCAUUACAAAUGGUUUGAGAAUAACGUGUAUGGGUGGUCAACGAUCUUGUCUGACAAUCAACUGGAUCUGAGUUGUGAAAACCUCGGAGGUCAACGCCGUCAAUAUUACUGCACAGCCGCAAAUAAUCAUGGGACAAAAUACAGUGAAACACUCAACGUGAAUGUCUUCAAAGGAACAGGAACGUGCAGUUAUGUGACAGAAAUCAACAAUACAGUUUCAGGUGCACUGUGGGCGGAGAGCGAAGUAAGAGGGAUUGUGGGAAGAGCGAUCACAAUCGAUUGUCACUAUGCAGCAGUGUACCGCUCACACACAAAAUACUGGUGCCCUGGGACAAGUCGCCAGUGUACACAUGUAGUGGAAACAAAUGGGAAGAGCGGAAGAGUGUCAAUGACAGAUAACCCGGAACGAGGAAUAUUUACUGUGACUCUGGAGGAUCUUCACUCUGGAGAUACGGGAUGGUACAGAUGUGGAAUUACUACACCUGGCGAACCAACAUUUAAAGUACAUCUCCAAGUAUCUGAAGAACCCGUGUCUGCUCCUGUGCUCAGAUAUCUGUCACCAGCAAAUGCCUCGCAUCGCGGAGGCUCAGUGUCAGUGUCGUGUGAGUCUGUCCGUGGAUCCCUUCCCAUCCAUUACACAUGAUGUAAGAAGAAAUAGCAUGGGUGUUCAACGAUCUUGUCUGAAAAUCAACUGGAUCUGAGUUGUGAAAUCCUCAGAGGUCAACACCGUCAAUAUUACGGCACAGCCUCAAAUAAUCGUGGGACAAAAUCCAUUGGAAGUCUCAAGGUGAAAGUCUUCAAAGGAGCAGGAACGUGCAGUUAUGUGACAGAAAUGAACAAUGCAGUUUCAGGUGCACUGUGGGUUGAGAGCGAAGUAAGAGGGGUUGUGGGAAGAGCGAUCACAAUCGAUUGUCACUAUGCAGCAGUGUACCGCUCACAUACAAAAUACUGGUGCCCUGGGACAAGUCGCCAGUGUACACAUGUAGUGGAAACAAAUGGGAAGAGCGGAAGAGUGUCAAUCACAGAUAACCCGGCACGAGGAAUAUUUACAGUGACUGUGGAGGAUCUUCACUCGUGGAAUUACAGAUGUGGAAUUACAACACCUGGCAAACCAACAUUUAAAGUACAUCUCCAAGUAUCUGAAGAACCCGUGUCUGUUCCUGUGCUUGGAUUUCUGUCACCAGCCAAUGUUUCCUGUCUCUGGGGCUCAGUGACAGUGUCCUGUGAGUCGGUCCGGGGAUCGCUUCCCAUUAGCUACAUCUGGUAUGAAAAGACCCCAUUUGGGGAUUCAAAGAUCUCAGACAUCAAUGCCCUGUAUCUACAUUGUCAAUCCUUCAAACACCAGCACCAUCAAUAUUAUUGCACAGCCUCAAAUGAUAAUGGAACCAAAUCCAGUGAAAUGGUCAACAUGUCCAUCUCCAGCAGUGACGUGCCCUGCAGUUUCCUAGUGAAAAUCAACGGCACUGGUCAUGAAUAUUCUUGUGCAAAUUCGAUAACAUCCAAUUACUCUGCAAGUUACAUCUUAUGGGAAGUGGGACGCUGGCUGUACUUUCACCUGCUUGUGAUCAGGAAUAUCGCAACCGAGGUGCGCACAAGAGGCUCUAAGAGACGCGAUGAGCCGGAACCUCGCCAUUCGACCCACGAAUUACAAUGA